GAAUUUCCCUAUAAGUUUUACAUUAAAAAUUAAUAAAUAAGUACACUAUAAUAGUCAAAUUUCCAAUUUAUAUUGCUCACAUUGUAAGUAUCAUCACUAGUGCCUUACCAAAAUAAUUGUGACUUUGUGACUGCGUUACAUAAAUCAAAUUGCACCAUACAUAUAUACACCAUGUCUAGUGAGGAAUUCAAGUUGGUUUCACCAGCAAUAAAAGAGAUCAACAAAGAAGGAAUUGGGAAAUUACCAAGAUAUUGCACACAAGAAGGGUUAGGUUCUAAAUUUGAUAUAUCCCCACCUCUUGAGUGGCAAAACGUACCACCCAAGACUAAGGGUCUGGCCCUCCUGGUCCGGGAUAUGGAUGCCGUAGAUCCUAUGGGCCGGAAGGUGGAACCAGCCCAUUGGAUCGUGGUCAAUAUUCCGACGACUGUGAAUCGGCUCCCGGAGGGAUUCUCCGGAAAGAAAGAGGAGGUUGUUGGUAUGGAAAAUGAUGAGUAUGGUGUGAUUGAAGAAGGGAUCAAUGAUUGGAAAGUGAAUCUUUGGCGUGGCCCUAAGAUGCCUAAUUAUGGUGAUAACUUUGAGUUUAGGCUCUAUGCUUUGGAUUUUGAUCAUCCUUUUGAUUCAAAACUUUGGCAGGUGACGAAGGAAAAGCUGUUGGAUGCCAUAACUGGUCAUGUGGUUGGAGAAGCUGUAUUCACUGCUACUUUCUAAGAACUGAGCAGAAGAUUGAAAUACAAUCUUCUCAAUUCUCAUGUAUAUAAUAAAUAGUAAUAAUUCUCAAGUGAAGUAUCAUGGAACCUUUUUUCCCCCCGUAUAUUAGGAAGUUGAUGUAUGCCAGAACAUCAACAUUUUUCUUCCCAUUUAGAUGUUUGAGUAAUCACUCAUAUUAGAAUUAGCAAGUAUAAUCUCUCAUCCUAUAUAUAGUAAUCCUAUAUGUUGUAACUGUGUGGAAAAUGUUUAGUAAUAAAAAAUAUUAAAAAAAAUUGAAUCUUUUAAA